AUGCCGAGUAUUUCAUCUAGCGAUCAUCCAAGAUUACAAUUGAGUCCGACGGCAAACAUGUUUAUUCGUCUGGUCCUACAACUUGUUAUUUUUUGGUUUACUGUCUAUGUCAUUAAUUACACUUUACUACGCUUUCCCAAUACAAAACGUUCCUAUAUUCGUAUACUUCGUUCAUUGGGCUGUCAUAUAUCCAUUGGUAAUAUUGGCUUUUAUUCAACAUCAUUCAAUCGUCUUUUCUAUCAAAUCGGUAGAAAAAAGCCACGUCUAUGGAAAAUUUGGUUCACCAUAGGAAUAUUUGUAGCAUUUAUCACAGCCAUUUUUUCUUGUAGUAUCUUAGUUUUUCUACCUUUAAAAUAUAUCUAUGACCGGCAACAACCAAUUUUAUUCGCAAGACAAAAUUUAACCGAUCAAAACAUUCCAAUAGAAAACGAUCGCGAUAAAUUAUGGAUACAACCUAUAAUUCCCGGUGUGAAUGUACCAUUAGAAGAAUUAGGACAUUUUUUUCUUGCUUUACUUGUAUGUACGAUUUUUCAUGAAUUAGGACAUGCUAUAGCAGCAUCAGUGGAACAAGUUCGUGUCAAUGGUUGUGGUUAUUUUCUAUUUAUACUCUAUCCAGGAGCUUAUGUUGAUUUGAACGAAGAACAAAUACAAAUGAUUACAGCCUAUAGACAAUUAAGAAUUUAUUGUGCUGGUGUUUUUCAUAAUAUGGUACUGGUUGUUGUUGCCGUGAUAUUUCUUCUUAUUCAACCAUUUAUUCUUCGUCAUUUUUAUAUUGAAACAGCAAGUGUUGCUCGUAUAUCAAAAGAUUCACCUAUUUAUAGUCUUCUUCCUAAACAUUCAACAAUUCAGGAUAUUGAUGGAUGUAUUGUGCGUACAUCGAAUGACUGGUACCAAUGUUUACGCUCGAUUAGCGAUAGACAUGUAUUAGACAGUACGGGUUAUUGUUUAACACAAGCUGAAAUUCAACUUCUUUCAAGCUAUACUGAAUUCAAUCAAACAAGUAAUUAUGAUUGUUGUCAAAAUUUAUCUCAAAAAAAUUAUUGUUUUUUCUACCAUUCCAAACAAAAUGAUUCUCAGAAUGGAGCAUGUAUGGAAGCUCGUAGCGUAACCAAUCACCCACGUUGUUUACUUCAAAGUGAUUGUUCACGUCAAGGAAGCGAUGUUUCAUGCGUUCAUCCAUUUUCAUCAGAUAAUAUUACACGUUUAAUACGCAUUGUCCAUAGUCAAGGGCCGGCCAUUCUUUUCGUUGGUUCAAUCAAUGAAAUCUAUCGAACAAUUAGUAUUCAAUCUUAUAAAGCUAAAUAUAGCUUUAUUUCCACAAUAUUCAUUACUGACAUUCCAUUAUUUUUUCAGUAUGUUGCUGCAUUUUCGUUUGCACUUGCAUUUUUUAAUGCAGUCCCAUGUUACGCACUUGACGGACAAUACAUUUUAUUAGCUUUCAUUGAACAUCUCUCGCCAAGUUUAUAUCGACGACGUCAUAAGAAUCUUGUAUAUAGCUUAAUAUUUUGUACGACGCUUCUUAUUGUCAAUAUUUCAUUGGCUUUUGCUCGUUAUUUUCUAUAA